AUGGAGGGCAGCGGCGCGGCGGAGGCGGAGGAGAGCGGGGCCGGGCACGGCGCCCCGCCGCCGCCGCCACCGCCCACCCCGGCCGCCCCCUGCGGCUUCAGCUCCUCCCUCUGCUUCAGCGCCGCCGCUGCCGAGCCGCAGCCGCCCGCCGCCGGCGGCCGGGUGGUGGAGAGCCAGUGGGAGAUCAACAACGCCGCCUGCCAGCCGGAGGAAGAGGAGGAGGAGGCGGUGGGGACGCGGGACCGGCCGGCGGAGGAGCCCGACCUGGUGAUCGAGGUGUCGGGGCGUCGCAUCCGGGCGCACAAGUCGGUGCUGGCGGCCAAGAGUGACUACUUUCGCGCCCGCGCCUCACGGGACGUCCUGCGGGUGAAGGGGGUGAGCUACGGGGCGCUGCGGCUCCUCAUCGACUACGUGUACACGGCCCGCAUGGGCGAGGUGCGGCACGACAACCUGGCCGAGGUGGUGAGCGGCGCCCGCGUCCUCCAGAUGCCUUGCGCCCUGCACUGUGCCGCCGAGGCCAUGCGCGCCCAGCUCCGCCUCGACAACUGCUACCAGCUCCUCUGCCUGGCCAAGAAGCAGCGGCUGGCGGAGCUGCGGGAGGCCGCCUACCGCUUCAUGAGCGACCACUACCUGGAGGUGCUGCGGGAGCCCAGCGUCUACGGCCGCCUCAGUGGCACUGAGCGGGACCUCAUCCUGCAGCGGCGCAUGGAGGCUGGCCGGCCCUGCUUGCUGGUGGCCGAGGUCAGCGACGCCUUCGAGCGGCCAGGUGGCGGCAGCCGGCCGCAGAGCCGCGAGAGCAGCCGGCCGCAGAGCCCCUCCUCCGUGGUGUCGCUGGAGGAGAGCGGCUCCCUCAUCCACUGCUACCAGGAGGCCAGCGGCGAGUGGAGGGUGCUGACGCGCCUGCCUGAGGAGGCCAACGCCAAGGGCUGCGCCAUGUGCGUCCUCCACAACUACCUCUUCCUAGCAGGGGGCAUUGCGGCGGGGCCAGUGGGCGGCGAGCCCCGGGCCCGCCUUUCCGACAAGGUCUUCUGCUACAACCCCCUCACCGACACCUGGAGCCAGGUGCGGCCGCUGGCUCAGCCCCGCUCGCAGCUCAAGCUGCUGGCCCUGGACGGUUACCUCUAUGCCGUGGGGGGUGAGUGCCUCUUCACCGUGGAGAGGUACGACCCACGGGCCGACCGCUGGAGCCCUGUGGCACCCCUGCCCAAGGGUGCCUUUGCAGUGGCUCACGAGGCCACCACCUGCAACGGGGAGAUCUAUGUGUCGGGAGGCUCCCUCUUCUACCGCCUGCUCAAGUAUGACCCCAAGCGUGAUGAGUGGCAGGAGUGCCCUUACAACAGCAGCCGCCGGCGCUCUGCUGACAUGGUGGCCUUCAAGAGCUUCAUCUACCGCUUCGACGUGAGCAGCGGCCGUGGUGGGGAGCAGGGCCCAGGCGGUGGGACUGGCGGUGGUGUUGAAGUUUUCCGGUACAACACGGUGGCCAAGCGCUGGAGCCAGUGCGCCAGCCUGCGGCCCAGCGGUGGCCCCAUCCAGCCCUUCCGCUGCGCUCCCUUGGGCAACACCAUCUACUGCGUCAACCGGACCGGCACCCUCCGCUUCAGCCUAGCCCAGGACGGCGAGGUGGAAGCGGAUGGCGGGCUCAAGGGCACCUUCGACAGGGAGCUUCUUAAAGCUCCCUUGGAUGCCAAGGGUGUCCUCCUGCCCUUCGUGCUCACCCUGCCCGAGAGGCUGGACAAAGCAGGGGACCAGGAGGGCUCCCUCCCGCUGUGAGGUGGCCAGCCUGGCUCUGGCUUCCCAAGUGGGGAGCUGGGUUGCAGCUGUGGGGGACUCACAAACUCCCCCUUACAGAGGGGACCCUCUCUGGCAUGUCUGCAGAGAAAAGGGGCUCGCCCUUUCCUCCUCUCUGCUCCCAAGAUGUUGAGCUGGAGCCGCUUGGUUGUAACUCGGUUGUAACUCUUCUCGUGUUUGCUGUGCUUUGUGUGAAAAGCCAAGCACAUGAAAGGAAAAGCUGCUAUAAAGGAUAAUCUCUGGAUUAUGUUUGUGCCAAUUCCCCAUCUGAGAAAAACUUUUUUACACCUGGAUUUCUAAAAAAUUCCUGACAACAGUGUUGUAACGGGAUGUUACUGUUAGUGUUGGCCGCGUGUUUACACGUUGCAGUCUGGGCUGAAGCCUUUUCUGCCAUUUGUUUUCUUUCUCUCCAGGAUGAUACCAAGGGAUAAACACUGCUGGCAACAUAGCUUAGCUGUGUUUGUUUUUAUGUUAAACCAACUAUUUCCUGUGUUAGAAAAGUAUAGGAAGAACAUCUCCAUCACAGCCUUUCAUUUCUGGUGCAAUAGAUGGUUUAAGGAAGACGUGGCACUGUG